AUGAGCACAACAUCUAAUACCACUACAACAUCUAUCAUGACUACCACUACUUCUAAUACUACCACAACAUCUAUCAUGACUACCACUACUUCUAAUACCACCACAACAUCCAUCAUGGCUACCACAACAUCUAAUACAACCGCAACAUCCAUCAUGGCUACCACAACAUCCAUCAUGACUACCACAACAUCUAAUACCACCACAACAUCCAUCAUGACUACCACAACAUCUAAUACCACCACAACAUCCAUCAUGACUACCACAACAUCUAAUACCACCACAACAUCCAUCAUGGCUACUACAACAUUUAAUACCACUACAACAUCCAUCAUGGCUACCACAACAUCUAAUACCACCACAACAUCCAUCAUGGCUACUACAACAUUUAAUACCGUUACAAGCCUUUUUCAACCACGACAAGCGCCAACACUUGAACAAUCAUCACGCUUACUACUGUCACCAUCAACGACACUACAACACACUACAACUGUCACUGUCACCAUCAACAACACUACAGCUGUCACUGUCACCAUCGACAGUACUACAACUGUCACUUUCACCAUCGACAGUACUACAACUGUCACUGUCACCAUCGACAGUACUACAACUGUCACUGUCACCUUCAACAGUACUACAACUGUCACUGUCACCUUCAACAAUACCACAGCUGUCACUGUCACCAUCAACUACAACUGUCACUAUCACUACUACUACAAUCAGCAAUCUUUCACUACUACUACAAUCAGCAUUUUGUCAUUACUACUACAAUCAGCAUUUUGUCAUUACUACUACAAUCAGCAUUCUGUCACUACUACUACAAUCAGCAUUCUACCACUACUACUACAAUCAGCAUUUUGUCAUUACUACUACAAUCAGCAUUCUACCACUACUACUACUACAAUAAGCACUAACUUCUCUAAUAACCUUCAUUCUUUGGCUUUGGACAGAAUUGCAAACUUUACGUGA